AUGGCCGCAGCCACCUCGCGACCACCCUCGCUCCCCGCUGUCGCCCUCCUGGUAUACCCAGCGACUUUAAUCCUCGGAUCCCUGUUUUCCAUACUCUCACCCACAGCGCGACCUGGAAGUGACUCCUCGCCACACCCAGUCAGUCCGCUGGCCCCCCCUCUCGCAUCGGACCUGCACCUUUCCGAGAACCCUGUCAACUAUUUUGCCAGGAAGAAUAAUGUCUUCAACGUCUACUUUGUGAAGAUCGGGUGGCUUUGGACAACAGCUGCUUUCGUAUCUCUUCUCAUCUUUUCGCCCCUCUACUCCUCAUCCCGUCCUCAAUCCUCCUCACAACAAGAAACUCGCUUCCGACGCACCCUCCAAGCCGGUCUUCGCUAUGCUCUCGUCACUACAGUUUGGUACCUCGCUACACAGUGGUUCUUUGGUCCUGCGAUUAUAGAUCGCGGGUUCGUUGCCACGGGAGGAAAAUGCGAGCGUGCUCUACGGGAAGUCGGGAACAUGGGACCCGGGGGAAGCAAUCCGACCGACCUGGAAACACUGUUUACGGCCGCAACCUGCAAGGCUGCAGGUGGGGCGUGGAGAGGUGGUCAUGAUAUCAGUGGUCAUGUUCUGAUGCUGGUCCUGGCUACGGGGCUUCUGGCAUUUGAGGGCAUUGGGGCUAGCGCCCCUGCCUUCCUGUCUCGCUUCAGCGUGACUGCAGAUGUGGGACGUGAGCGCAAGGCCAGCGAUGCGGACAGCAACCCCACACCCGAAUCACCUGAAGCUAGCUCAUUCGCACAAACUUGGACCCUGCGCCUCGUUUGGGGCGUUGUCGGCCUGGGCUGGUGGAUGCUCUUCAUGACAGCUAUAUGGUUUCACACAUGGUUAGAGAAGUGGUCUGGAUUGCUCAUUGCACUGAGUGCCGUGUACACCAUCUACAUACUCCCGAGGCGCUUGGGUUCGCUGAGGGACGUGAUCGGACUUCCGGGGGUAUAG